AUGGCUGCUUUGACCUGGUGUCUUCUUCUCCUUAACGGGUCCACAGGGGCUGCAGAAGCAGCUCAACGGGACCCAAAGUUGUUCUUGGGGUGCGCCGGGAGCCUGCUGGACCCAGUCGAGUGCGUCCAUGCUGACCUUGACCCGGCAACAUGCUGUGUCCUCUGCCUGGAUGAAGGGACGGAAGGACUAAUUCUACGCUGCAUGAAUGCGUCAAAAGCAGAGAAUUUUCAAGCAAGGAAACAUAUUGUCCUGAAAGUUUGUGGAAAUCUGGCUGCAAGUCUCAAGCAGGCCACAGCAGUAAGCAUUGAUGCAGCAGGUCAAGCUCAUCCCACUAAUACGGACGUGACUUUUGAGGCUGUGGGCGACAUGCGGGAGCCUGUGGAGCUUCUGUGGAAUUUUGGAGACUCGACUUCUGUUAGGACCACCACCAAGAAUGUCACAAAAAGAUACAACAACCCUGGAAGGUAUAACAUAACAGUGGUGAUGUCUGAUGGUCGCACCUCCCUCACCUCCAGGGUGUUCCCCUUACUUGUGCAAAAACCAGUGAAGCUCAACAAGCUGGUCCACCAGGUGUCUGUUCUUCAGAACCACACCACCACGGUGACCUGCAGGGUCAACACGGGCACUAAUGUCACAUUCCUGUGGCGUUUUGGCGACGGUACAACGAGGACGGGACAGAGCACAGAGCAGCACGUUUUCCUAAGGACUGGAGAGUUCCAAUUAGAAGUAACCGUGUCCAACCGAGUCAGUUCUGCCUCCCUGAGGGGCAUCAUCUUUGUCGUGGAGAAACCAUGUCAGCCUCCACCUGUCAAAAACAUGGGGCCUCACAAACUACAAGUACGAAGACACGAGUCCAUCCGUCUGGGAGUGACUUAUGAGGAUGAAAUGGACUGUGACGUGUCAAAGGGCCUCCGUUACACAUGGACGUUGCUCGAUUCUGCAGGACACAUUUUGCCUGUAGCGGACGCUCAUCACCAGAGGCUCAUCCUGCCAGGUCAUCUUUUGCACUAUGACACCUACACAGCCAUAGCCAAGGUCCAGGUUGUUGGCAGUGUGGUGUACAGUAACUACAGUGUGAGAGUUGAAGUGAUGCCCAGCUCUCCUGUGGCCGCCGUCCACGGUGGCACCAACAUCUUCAUUAACAACAGUAACGUCACCAUGGUGACACUGGAUGGGCGGAAAUCAUACAAUCCUGACUUACCCAUGAAUCAAAUCAGCUUUAAGUGGAUGUGUGAACCAGUCAGCUCCAUCAAGAGUUCCUGCUUUGACCAUCAUGUCGUUACUUCUUCCGCUGUGCUCACCUUUCCAGUGAGCUUCCUGAAAUACAACUUUGAUCAGUAUCGAUUCACACUCACCGUUCACAGUGGGGAGCAAUCAGCUUCAUCAGACACCUUUGUCACGUUAAUGCCGAAUGUCAUCGGCAAGGUAACAGUGUCGUGCCUUCAAUGUGAAGGAGACCAAGUCAACUGGGACGAGUCUUUCGCCAUCAAAGCCUUGUGUGAAGACUGUGAGGUUCCCACAGACCAGAUCCAAUACUCUUGGACUCUGUACUUGAUCAAUGCGUCCUCCAAACCCGUGGAAGAGCUCCUGUUUUGUUCUACGGUGGAUCUCAGCGCUCCAUCCACUAUGAAAGAGAGCACAUCCUCACCUCCCCGUCUGCCAAGAAAAACCAAAAGCAUGGUUCACAUAGCUGGAGAGGAGCUCAGCCUGAGUGAAUCUUCGUACUCUUCUGAACAGCUUCAGUUUGUCCUGAAUGAUGGUAGCAUCCAUUUUGAUUUUGAAAGGAAGUCUCCUAUAGAUUACGACUCUUCUGCUGACUGGGAGUUUCCCGCUGUUGAGACUGUCGGACAAGAUUAUAAUGUACCCUUCCAAAUGGCAGAAGAAGGAGACCCAGGAACCUCAGCGGGAAGACCCACAGGUGUGGAUGGUCAGACCUUGAGUCCAGGAGAUGACUUUAACCGAGGGUCACAUGACACAGAAGGGAGUAAUCUAGUGGAGUCCAGUUCCAGUCGGCGAGCGAAUCGGGAGAUGACCCUGCUCGACCUCCCUCGAGGCCCGGUGGAGGCGGGGUUGUUUGCGUCCUACACCGACACAGGAGUUUCUUCCCCGUCGCUCAACUUCAGACCUUUCAGUCUGAGAGCAGGGAGUAGAUACAUGCUGGAAGUCAUCGCCAAAUCUCAGGGUAGCGUUUUGGGCCGGACUCAACUAUUCUUGAGAACAAAGCCUGUUCCUAAAGGAAUGACAUGCCAGGUGCAACCAAGUAAAGGGAUGGAGUUGUACACACACUUCAGCAUUUUCUGCACUUCAGGUAGAGAGGAUUUACUGUAUGAGCACAGCUUUACUAUUGGCAGAAACCCACCUAGGAUGUUGUACCAGGGUAGAAACUUCCAGUAUUACUUCAGCCUUCCUUCUGGAAACAAUGUUGAUGACUACAAAGUAACUAUUUACACAAAAAUCCGAAGCAGCACGUACGGGUCCUCCACCAGAGUUUGCCCAGUGACUGUCCAAGUCCUGCCCAGCUUCUUCGGAGACGUUUCAUUUCACCAUCCUGAUGUGGAGCUGUGCCAGUCAGGUCUGAAGAACCUCUCAGCGCUAGUCCUUUGUGGGAACAGUGCAGAAAUACGAAAUUACAUCAGUCUGUUGUCAAGCAUUCUGAAUAGACUGAGCUUGGACAGCCAGGCUGACGAGCACUGGCAGAGACACAUGCGCAGUGUGCUCAUUUGCACAAUGUGCGAGCUGGAGAGAAGUGUGCAGGACUCGAUGGCAGACACCGCAUGCAUUCUCAAAGAUCUUUUACAAGUUACCAGGCAGGUAACACUAGCGAGCGUGAGACUAGUAGCUGCACAUGUUGGGGUUAUGUGCAAGCAGCUCUCUAAUCCUGAUGCACUCAAGAGGCACCCACUAGAUGCGAGGAUGGUGGACACCUUGGUUACUGUGCUAGCUUACAGCCUGGAGGCAGCUGUCACCUCUGUUACACACAAGUUGGAAUCAGACCUUCAAGCGGACUACUCCAGUGAUGAUAUUCUAACCAAAAACAGGACAGUGGGGCAGCUUGUGGACAAUAUUUUGCAGACUGCUUCUGACCUGAUUCUGAAGCACAUAUUAUUUGACAACAUCCAAGAGUACAGAAUCCAUGUUGGCCUCAUGUCUCUCUAUGUAACACACCAAAACUCAUCAGUCAUCAACAGCGGCUCGGCUGUCUUUUACACACCGGCAGCCCUGCUCCAGUCUCUCAAAGGAGAGUGUGUGCUCUACCUUAUUGCUGAACUCACACUCUCCCCUUGGACCCUGGACCACCAUCCUGGCAGGAUAAGUGGACCCAUAGUUGACUUGACUCUGUAUAAAUGCAGCAUGAGGAGAAAGAUCUCUCUUCGAUCUCUUGUUCACCCGAUCAUCACUGAACUAAAAACAAGGCAACACAAAGUGUCUUCCAGACAUUACAUCCUCCUGCGUACUCACAUCAACUAUCAUAGCUUCAAUGUUACCCAUGAGCACUUGCAGCGGGCCAUCCAACUGAGUGUUGUGUUCACGCUGCCACCCAACACGACAUUCCCUAUCAUGCUGCUAUUCAGGAUGUUUGCCAAGCCAACUCCCAGCAUGCAUCACCUGCAGAGGAUUCACCUUUGGGAGACAAACACCACACUCAUCACCCUGCCGCCAUCCUACCUCAAUUCUCCUGGAGUUGGCUACUUGGCGCUUUUAAACGCAGACUUUGGAAAACCAGUCAGACUCAAGCACCUGAGCAGCCACGUCAACUACAACCUGGCGGUGGACACCAGCCAAUGUUUGUCCUUGGACCGCCAAAAGCGAGCCUGGACGAGUCUUGGCUGCAGUACGCACCAAGCAGACCGAAAGGUGAACUGCAGUUGUCACCAGUUGAGGGCGCUGACAGUUGUACAACAGCAGAUCCAGAGCAGCCAUGACACAGCCCACCUGGACCCGUUCAUCAGGGAAUCUAUUAAUGCGACUGUCCUGGUUGUCCUGGCGCUGUGUCUGUGUCUGUACGUACCAGCAUUUGUGCAAUGCAGAAAAGCCGACAUCAUUUCUGAGCUGAAUCGCAGGGUCCACUACCUGAGGGACAACUGUACACAGGACACACACUUUUAUGCGGUCACCAUUCACACCGGCCUUUGCUCCACACACAGGCUGAGUGCAAAGGUUUACAUAGCUCUGCAUGGGGAAGACGGCGCCUCGCAAACACGAGAACUACAAGUCCCAGGAUGCUUUCUGUUCAGAAGGAACUCUCAAGAUACCUUCAUACUCAGUACAGCAGAUAGUCUGGGUCCUGUGUGGGGGGUCCACAUCUGGCAUGACAACACAGGACCUUCACCGCACUUGUACCUCACACUCGUGCAAGUAUCUGAGGUGAGCCAAGCUGACGCGGAGGAGCAUACAUGGCUCUUCGUCAGACAAUGCUGGCUGUCAGUGAGCAAAGGUGACGGCCAGGUGGAGAGAAUGCUACACGUUUGUACCCAGUCAAUAGGCCUCACUCAGAUGUUAGGUCUGACGCUGUGUGAUUACAUGGCUGACUUCCAUAUGUGGAUGUCCGUGUUCAGCUGCCCCUGGCCUCACUCUUUCAUGCACGCUCAAAGACUUAGCGUGUGCCUGCUGCUCUUCACGUCGUAUGCAUGCGUCAACGCACUAAAAAUUUCACAAAUGGAUAACACGGUUCUUUGUUUACAGCAUGCGGUAAACGCUGAAUCGGCUGUUUCUGUGACAACUGGGGUAUUCAGUGCGGUAGUGGCGCUGCCCAUAGCGACACUGAUAACGUUCUUGUUUCGCGAGGGGAAGCUGGUCAUGGAGGACGAAGGCAUGCGACCUGGCAAAGAGCAUUGUGAAGCGGACGACUCUGCAGCCUUUAAGAACCAUCAGGGUGCAGAGAACAAGGACAAACACAAUGUUAAAAAAGAAGGUAUUUCCAAAGAUAACCAGGCAGCCUUUAGGAGUCUCUGUGUUUUUGACAAGCUGAGCGGGAAGAGAGUAUGGUGUUACUAUGUGGCCUGGAUACUGUGUCUUCUCUUGUCCCUUGUGUUUCUGCUGUUCUCUGCAGUGUUGGGACUCAGGUUCAGUGGAAGCAAGGUGCAACUUUGGAUGCAUUCUCUUUUCUUCUCCUUGUUGUCAUGCAUCUUCCUGAUCCAGCCCAUUGUGAUAUUUGCGUUUGCUGGGAUUGCCUCACUUUGGAACAGGAGAAGUGCAAACUUUCUCAUUCGUGCCACAAUAACGUUUGAUCGAUUGAAAGCCAAACAGCAGAAAAUGUCUGCCUCAAACCUGACAAAGCUUCUGGAGGAGCGUCAGCGAGCCAGGUUUCUUCGUCUUGUAUGCCCACCAACUGCUGCAGAGCUGAGGCGUGCUCGAGGACAAAGCAGACGAGAGGCAUUAGUGCAUAAAACCAUCAGGCAUUUGUGUGUCCUUGUCGCUAUGCUCCUCCUGAUGUGUAUUUCAAGUGGCAAGUCAUUUAGUGACUACUACUGCUUCAAUAAAGCUGUCAUGCAACGCUUUACAGGUGGUGGCUUCAUAUCCAUACGGACAAAUGAAGACUGGUGGGAGUGGACACAGAGCAGCGUGCUUAAUGUAAUCUACGGGAAUGCUGACAAAAAGUCUGAUGUCAUUCCACAAUCACACAUAUUGAUUGGGGAGCCGAUUGUAUGGCUGAAAGAGAUCAGCAGUGUGGGAGCAUCCUCUUCUUCACUGUGUUGCAGUGCUGCAGCUGGACUGGGUCACACGAAGUAUGACGCCACCGACAGACUGAAGGCCUUGCAGUCCAACGGCUGCGUGGCUCUGCAGCUCCAGUUCACCUUCUAUAGUCCUGCACCUGACCUGUUCACCACCGUGACCCUGCUUGCUGAGAACAACCCCAUGCGGUCCUCUGCUGAAGUCCACUCAGUGAAGGUGUACAACACACCUUCUAUCUGGGAUUAUAUCACUGCUCUUUGCCAGCUCCUAUUCCUCAGCUUGUCGCUGCUGAAUCUUUGUUUCCAAGUCUGCACUGCAUGGCAGCAAGGCAUAAUGGGAUAUUGCACGGCAGCAUGCAACUGGCUGGACAUGACACUCCAGAUUGUGAUCUUCGUGUAUUAUUAUCAUGAUAUUUACCGCUCUGCGGUGGUCAUGGAGGUGGCGGAACUUGUCCAGAACUGCAAAGCACAUGUGGAUGUCCGGCUCCUGGCGGCUACAGAACGAAAUAUUCGCUCCUUGCUUGGGGUUAUUGUCUUCCUUCUCAUCGUAAAGUGUAGCACCAUGCUGAGGGUGAACAGGAAGUCUGCAGCUAUCUCAGCUUGCGCACUCCCAAACUUCUUCUUGCCUAUGAUGUCAUGUUUUAUCCUGCUGGUGGUUGCAUACUACCUUCCUAUCGGGAACCACAAGGCCAUCGAUGGUCCCCUCCGUCUUGGAUCUUUCGUCAACUGCAGAGCCCUCUGCCUGUACUUCUCUGCUGUGAUGAUGGCUAUCUCGUCAGGCUGUAAAAGGCGCCAAUGUAGGAAGGAAGCGUGUACCUUAGCCGAAUUACAUAGCUACAUUAGACGGAGGGUUUGCAAGAGAGAAGCAACGUCUGCUGUGGAGAGCAAGACGUACUACUUGGAGGAGUGUGAACAUUUAGUGGAUGAGCUGCUGUUCAAACUCAACAACCUGCACUGCACACUGCCCCCUCCGGUCAAUGCGUGUCAGUCAGUCAUAAGUGGUGCUUUGAAAAGACAAUCUAGUCAAGCCACCAGCACAGGACAUACAAAGAAAAGCGGGACAACUACUCAGGAUACACAUAGGGAGUUGCUGGUUGAAGUUCUGAUCCAUCAAGAGCCUUUGUAGGCAUUUUUUAGUAGGUGUUUGAGCACAAAUCAAUGGGGCAAAGUGAGAUUUCCCUCAGACACGUUGGGGCCUUCCCAACGAAAGCUAAGGACUUUUGCCUAUACAAUUUGUUUUAUUUUGUGUAUUACAAAGAACCAGCAUCCUCGACAGGAGACAUUUGAUUUUGGUCUAUUUAUUUUGUCAGAGUUCUUAGUUUUAAGGACCUUCUGCAAUAAAGCUAGUCGAUGAUCCUCACUACAAUAGCACUCGUGUUUUUAAGAAUACCCUACAAAAAAGCGAGGUCUU